AUGUCCGUCCCAACAACCAUGAAGGCCGUAGUGGUCGAGCAGACCGGCGGCCCUGAAGUGCUUCAAUUCAAGACUUCACACCCAGUCCCUACACCACAGGCAGGACAGCUGCUAGUGCGCAACAAUAUUUCCGGCGUAAACUAUAUCGACACCUACUUCCGGACAGGUCUAUACGCCUCACCCAAGCCCGAGGUCUUGGGCCGCGAGGGCGCCGGUACUGUCGCUGCUGUCGGUCCCGAGACUUCUGGCUUCCAGGUCGGCGAUAGGGUUGCCUGGUUGGCUACUGGUGGGUAUGCGGAGUACACUGCAGUGCCGGCGACCUACACUGUGAAGAUCCCCGAAGGGAUCUCUGAUGAGGAGGUUAUGGCGUCGUUCCUGAGUGGUAUGACGGUGCUAGCUUUCGCAAAGGAGACUUAUCCCGUGCAGAAGGGCGAUUGGGUGCUUCUCCAUGCUGCAGCUGGUGGUGCCGGCUUCCUUAUGACACAGAUUUUGAAGACUAUGGGUGCCAAGGUUAUUGGCACCGCUGGCGGCGCAGAGAAGUGCGAGCUUGUGAAGAGCCUCGGUGCUGAUGUGGUGAUUGACUACCGCAGUGAGGAGGAUAAGGACUGGGUGAAGAAGGUCAAGGAAGUUACUGGUGGUCGCGGUGUCGAUGUUGUCUACGAUUCUGUCGGCAAAGAUACCUGGGAGGGAAGCUUGGAGGCUGUCAAGCGCAAGGGUACUAUUGUCUGGUUUGGCAAUGCCAGCGGCCCUGUGCCCCCGCUUCCUCUUGCGAAACUUACCCCCAAGUGUGUUAAGGUUGCUCGCCCAUCGCUCUUCGGAUACAUUACGACUCGUGAAGAGUUCGAAUCAUACAGCAAUGAGCUAUUCGGCCUACUAAAGUCGGGCCAGCUCAAGACCAAGAUCCACAAAAUCUAUCCGCUUGAGGACAUUGCUCAGGUGCACAAGGAUCUUGAAGGACGGAAGACCAUGGGAAAGCCACUCGUGAAGCCUUGA